GUGUUUCUCAAAGCUGGUGCCCCAGCUAAAGUACAAGAUGUCUGCGAUGGCCACGACGCAGCAGCCAGUGGAGGAGAAGGAGAUGUCGCCACCUGCGAAACGCGGGUUCUUCCGCUACAACUCCCCACUGACGCAGGUGUUCUUGAUAAGCCUUGUGUGCUUCUGCUGCCCCGGCAUGUUCAAUGCACUCUCUGGCCUUGGUGGUGGCGGCCAGAUCGAUCACACCACCAUCGACAAGGCUAACACUGCCGUCUACGCCUGCUUUGCCGUCUUCGGCGUCGUUGGCGGUGCAGCUCAUAACAUCUUUGGCCCACGCAAUACCCUGCUCCUAGGUGCCCUCGCGUACCCACUCUAUGCCGCCUCCUUCCUCUACUACAACCAUCACCACUCGGAGACCUUCCCCGUCACUGCGGGAGCCCUCCUUGGUGUUGGGGUGGGCCUCCUCUGGGCUCCAAGUGCCCAGGGUGCUAUCAUAACCUCCUACCCACCCCCAAAUCGCCAUGGAACAUACAUAUCCCUUUUUUGGUGCUUCUACAACCUCGGAGGUGUCAUCGGGGGGCUCUUCCCCUUCUCCUUCAACUACCAUCGUGGUAGCAAUGCCGCUAGCGUCAACGAUGGAACUUACAUUGCAUUCAUGGCCUUCAUGUUAGUCGGAGUCACACUCACCCUCCUCAUCUUGCCACCCAACAAGAUCAUUCGCGACGACGGAAGCAAGGCCACAAAGUUCACCUACUCCUCCAUGGGCAAAGAGGGCACUGAAAUCCUCAAGCUCUUCACCAACUGGAAGAUGUUGCUCGUGCUCCCCGCUGCCUGGGCCAGCAACUUCUUCUACACCUACCAGUUCAACAACGUCAAUGGCGUCCUCUUCAAUCUCCGUACCCAGGGUCUCAAUAACGUCUUCUAUUGGUGCGCACGGAUGAUAGGCUCGGCUGGCAUAGGAUACUUUCUGGACUUCGGGCUCGCUAGCUGCAGGAAGAGGGGGCUCAUUGGGGUUGCUAUUGUUGCUGUGCUUGGCACUGCUAUUUGGGGAGGAGGCCUUGCCAACCAGCUCAGGUACAAGGAUGGAAAAUGGCAGGACCUCAUCUUUUUCAAGGAUGGGCUCCGAUACGCUGGCCCACUUUUGCUCUUCUUCAGCUACGGGCUACUUGAUGCCAUGUUCCAGAGCCUCGUCUAUUGGAUCAUUGGUGCCCUCGCAAAUGACUCACAGAUCCUGAGCAGGUAUGUCGGAUUCUACAACGCAGUGCAGAGUGCUGGGGCAGCUGUUGCAUGGCAAAUCGACAUGCACAAGACUCCUCUGAUAACCCAGCUGGUUGUGAAUUGGGCACUCAUGACUGUCAGCUACCCAUUGCUCGUCCUGCUGCUGUUCUUGGCUGUCAAGGACUAGGAAACUAGAGGGAUGAUAAGUAAUUGAAGAGUAAUUGAUUCAUUUUGGUGGAUUUAGCUGGAGGAGAAGAACAAUAAAGAAGAACAGAGUUCGGAAACGAUGGGGCCUUCCUGAUCCCUCUCACUUUCCUUUUAUCUUUAUUACUACUUUUACAAUUUAGUCCCUUCAUUAUAUAAUAUUACACACAUCAACAUAAGUGCUAUAUAUUAGGAAGGGCAAUUUGGAAUGCUCAAAAUAGGUCAAGAACCUUAGAGGGACAAUGGCACUCACAGUUUGUGGAGAGUAACAAUAACAUCAAGGACUAAAUACAUUAUUAUCUCUCCAUCUUUUAUUUCUUGUUCAAGACAUUCCAUUUCGGGAGCAUUUGUUUGAAGCCGCAUGUAUGUGGUUGGAGUUCUUGGCUGUGAUGUAUGAGGACAACUCGGUUUCUUCAGUGGAGGACAG